CUCUGUCGAAAUGCGUCAGUCGUAAAGAUUUGGUGAUAAAUGAAACAGCUGGGGUUUUUUUUUUUUUUUUUGUCUUUCACAAAACGAAUGUUCGUGUGUGGAAACCGUUACUCUUAUUUUACAGCCUCUAGGCAGUUGCGAUAAACUCGGAAGUGAAUAUAUAUCAGUAUAUAUAUUGACGGCAGCAGGAAUCGGUUUGUGCGGAGAUGGAGAUGUCUAAAGCGGAGCGGCUGAACGAGCGCGUGAGCGAGCUGCUGACGGCGGCGGUGCAGCGCGUGCUGGAGGCGGUGCGGGACACCGUGCGGGAGUACGAGGAGAAAAGCGCGCACACGCAGAUGGAGAACGAGAGACUGCGGAGGAGAGUGCAGGAGCUGCAGGACCAACUGGACAGGGACACCGCAGUUUCCCACAUCACUGCCCAGCUCACUGUUUCUCCUCCUCCUACUUCGUCUGGACAGAAGAACCCAUCAUGCGGUCAUCAGUCGGACACGAUGGCGUUGAAAGGCAAGCCUUGUUUCAAAGAAGAACCACCCAAUGAUGGGCAAACCGGUUUGUUUCCUGCUGAAAUAAAAACUGAAAUGGAACAAUCGGACUAUCAGGGUGCAGAAGAACCUGUGCUGGAACCCAUUCUCCAAAACACCUAUUUCCCCUGCGCACAUUUGCAGUUUCACGUCUCUCAGAACGAGGUGGACUUCUCCGCAGCGCCUCCGUGCAACAACACGGAUACUCUGGACACCUUCGUGGAGCAUUUCCCCUUCGAGGAAGACGGUUGGAGACAGCAGAGCCGGGAUGAGCGUCACGUCUGCCUUCUGUGUGGGAAAAACUUUAACCGACUUGCCAACCUUCGCAUCCAUCAGCGCUGCCACACGGGGGAGAAGCCGUACACGUGCUCGCACUGUGGCCGGCGCUUCAGCCACAGCGGAAACCUGCAGAAACACAAACGCGUGCACACAGGCGAGAGGCCAUACCAGUGCUCGCAGUGCAGUAAGAGCUUCUGCCAGUCCAGCCAUCUGAAGAAGCAUCAGAUGGUCCACAUAGGCCGACACGUCGCCGUCUCCAGGAGGAACAUGGCACUCUAAGGGAACCUCAGGAUGUCAAAAGUAAUCUCAAACUGCGAAUCCAGUCAAGUUUGUGUCACUUUUUCUGUUCUGGCUCUGCCCACUGUACUGUCCUGAUGCUGAAAUUUUUAGUUUUGGUCAAAAUUCGCAAAUUAUCAUGUACUGUAACACAAAACCAUAACGAUGUUCAUAGAGGUACAUAAUCCCUACAUAAGCCCUUCCUGACAAUGGUCAUAAGCCUGCAUGCAUGAAACCUUUUUCUAACAAAACUGUGUUCUUCGUUAUGACGAAAGAAUUACUUUUUUUUUUAUGCUCAUUGAGAACACUUAAUUAAAAGAGCUACAUUUCAGGAAUGUUUGUUAUUCAGUAUGCUAGUUCUAGCUAGUAUUAUGUAUCAUAUUAGCCAAACAAGAUAGUUAUUAAAAAACAAAACAAAAAAAAUUCUGGUGAUUGAAAUAUUUUAUGACACAAAUCUCAUCAAAGCAGCUAAAAAGUUGGAAAUACGACUGGGUUUCUAUGUUACUGUUACCAUGGCUAUGGAGAUACAGAUAGAUCUCAAGUAAGGGUCUUAUAACAGAGGUAUUCAAUCUGUGGAGUGGUGACGGGUGAUGGGGAAAAUAUGGAGGAUGAAUUUAAAAGACGUACACAAGUACUAACCCCAUUUCCAGAAAUUUGGGAUAUUUCCCAAAAUUCAAUAAAGUUGUUAAUUCACGUGAGCCUUUAUUCAACUGACGAAAGUACAAAGAAAAGAUUUUCAGUAGUUUUACUGACAGUUGUAUUUUGUAAAUAUAACCCAAGUUAGAAACUGAUCCAUGUAACACACUCAAAAGAAGUUGGGACAGAGGUAAAAUAACACUGAAAUAUUCAUAGGAUAUUCAAGUAACUCCAUUUUGGAAGAUCCCAUAAUAAGCAGGUUAAUUGGUCACAUGAUGGAGUAUAAAAGGAACAGCACCAAAUGCUCAGUCUUUGCAGGCAAAGAUGGGUCGUGGCUUACACCUUUGUGCCAAAAUUCCUGAGAGAAUCUUUAGUCAAUUCAAAAAGAACAUUUCUCAGCGCAAGAUUUUAGCUCUUUCAAAAUCUACAGUACAUAAUACUGUGAAAAGAUUCAGGGCAUUCAGAGACGAAAUCUCAGUGUGUAAAGGGCAAGGUCAGAAACCACUGUUGAAUGUGUGUGACCUUCGAGCCCUCAGGUGGCACUGCCUGAGAAACUGUCAUGCUAAUGUGACAAAUAUAGCCACAUGGGCUCAGGAGUACUUUGGAAAACCGUCGUCACUUAACACAGUCCACUGCUGCAUCCAGAAAUGCAACCUGAAACUGUAUUACACAAGGAGGAAGCCAUUCAUCAAUUCUAUGCAGAAACGCCACGGAUUUUUCUGGGUCUGAACUCCUCUCAGAUGGACUGAAAGACAGUGGAAACGUGUGCUGUGGUCAGACGAGUCCACAUUUCAGUUUGUUUUUGGGAAAACCAGACAUCAAGUUCUUAGUGCCAAAGGUGAACACGACCAUCCAGUUUGUUAUCAGAGAAAGGUGCAAAAGCCAGCUUCUGUGAUGGUAUGUGGGGCAUCUGUGCCCAUGGCAUGGGUGAGCUGCACGUAUGUGUGAAGGUACCAUUGAUGCUGAGGUGUAUAUUAGGAUUUUAGAGAGAAGUAUGUUGCCAUCAAGGCAACGGGUCUUCCUGGGAAGUCCAUGCUUAUUUGAGCAGGACAAUGUCAGGCCUCAUUCUGCAUGGGCUACGACAGCAUGGCUUCGUAGACACAGAGUAUGUGUGCUUGACUGGCCUGCUGCCAGUCCAGCUCUGUCUCCUAUUGAGAAUGUAUGUGGCAUCAUGAAGAGGAGAAUCAGAUAAUGGCGACCACAGACUGUUGAGCAGCUGAAAUCUUGUAUCAAGCAAGAAUGGGAAAAAAUUCCAAUUGCAAAGCUGCAACCAUUAGUAGUAUCCUCAGAUACCAUACGAUUAAAAAGUGUUAUUAAAGGAAAGGUGAUGUAAUACAAUGGUAAUAAUGUCCCUGUCCCAACUUUCUUUGUGUGUGUGUUGCAAGCAUCAAAUUCCAACUUCAUUUAUAUUUACAAAAUACAAUUAAGUUGGUCAGUAAAACUAUUGAAAAUCUUGGCUUUGUAUUUUUUUCAGUUAAAUAAAGGUUCACCUGAAUUAACAAAUUGCAGAUUUUUGUUUUUAUUGCAUUUUGGAAAACAUCCCAACUUUUCUUGAACUGGGGUUUGUACUUUUAAAAGAGCAGGCUUUUUUAAUCAUAAUAAAAACAGCAAACAAGCCAAUCAGCAUCUGCACAUAUUAACUAUCACUCUCUGAAAGCUACGCCCCUUCCCCUAUUUCAUACUGUUAAUGAGGUAAAUGAACGUUCACGAACAAUGGCCAAAAAAACAAACUUUUUGACUAAGAAGAAAAAUUAAAGGUAGACUGCCUUUCAGAUUUUUCAAGUGCAGGUCAUAAAAAUAAUUUUCCCCGACACCCAAUUAUUUUUGUUUAGUGGACCAAAAGCUACUGAAUUCGAAUCACAGACUUCCAAUUUUAUUAGUUUUUUUUUUUUUUUAAAUAGAACAAUUAAUGAAUUUAAGGCCACAUGGCCCUAAAUUCUCCCCUGCUUUUUCCUGCUUCACCAUGACCCAAUUCAAGAUAUUACUUCAUACAUGACGUGGUGGGCUUUCCCCAUUCGUGCAAGGCAUUGUGGGAUACAAAUUUGAAACAGGAGAGAAAAAUGGAGGACGUGAGCGUGCGAAUGAAACGUGAAAGCCCAACUACAGUAACGGAAAGCGAGAAGAAAAGACGUUAUGUUAUAUGCGAAGGAAAGGAAACGCAGGACCAAACUAAUAAAUAUCGGUGGUCAGCGAGCACCUCGGUGUGAUCAGCUGUUUGUUUAGCGACAGAAUGAUGGAACUGUCAGUGCACGGUCAAAGGGAAACCUGUAAGAUGGCAGUAAUGCAACACUGUGGAUGCCAGCUGCCAUAAAACCUAAACAAAGAAGAAGGUAAACCUGCGCAUGGAAGGUAAACCUUCCUCUGUCUGCUUCACUGCGUGAAGCGAGCGAUUUCAUGCACAUUAUUUGCUCAGGAAUCACCUCAAAUUAAAUAACUUCCCAGCCACAGAAUGGCCUGAUAUUUUGUGAGAUAUUACAGAAAUAAACGUCUAUCACAAUGACCACAUUUCAGAUGGGACUAAAUUUCACCGAUUUUAUGAAAUCAAAAGGCCGUCUAGCUUUAAACAUCUCAUCUCAUCUCAUUAUCUGUAGCCGCUUUAUCCUUCUACAGGGCCGCAGGCAAGCUGGAGCCUAUCCCAGCUGACUAUGGGCGAAAGGCGGGGUACACCCUGGACAAGUCGCCAGGUCAUCACAGGGCCAGCUUUAAACAUAACACUGUACAAAUAAUUGGCCUCAUUUAUCAAGUUGGAUACAAACAAAUUGCGUAAAUCGUUCACACAAAAUUGAGUCUUCAUGAAAAUCCCAUAAAUUCUGCAAAGAAAAGCGUUUGUAUCUUGAUCAACCCAAUCCUUUAUAAGACAAAGUUUUCACUUUAUCUUAUAAAGGAUUUUAUUUUAUUAGAUUUUAUAUCUCCUAUAUAUUUUUUGUGAAUGUAAUAUUACAACACAUGCACACAACUUUUGUAAAUCUGGCAUAGAUUUUUAGUUCGGUUUGGCUUUUCCACACAAAUUUACUCAGAGACUGAUAAAUGAGGCCCAGUGUUAUCAGAUCAAUAAAGCAGGACUAGGCGUCGUUCUUUUUCAGGAGUGCCACAUCUGCUGUAUAAUGAGGUUUUAUUGCUUUGGUUUUAUUCUAUAUUAUUGGAGAGCUAAUAACAGGCAAUAAAGCCUGGGCAAAUGGGAUUUUUUUUUUAAGACUUUCAGUAUAAGUAGGCAGUUUGUUUUUGUUAGAUGGCAGUUCUCGUUUAUUUAAUACGUCUGCCUGCCGUAUAACAUCUCACAAAGAUGGGGGGGGUUAAACUUUGUCCAGUCUUCCAUUUCUGACAUUUUCAAAUCAUUUUGGUGUGUCAUUGUUUCAUUGUAGAUUCUGAGUACAAGGUCGAUUUUUUUUAAGUUAGUUUUUUUAGAAUAGAGGGAAAAUUGUUGGAAUAUUUUUCGUCAGGGGCGGCACGGUGGUGUAGUGGUUAGCGCUGUCGCCUCACAGCAAGAAGGUCCGGGUUCGAGCCCCGUGGCCGGCGAGGGCCUUUCUGUGUGGAGUUUGCAUGUUCUCCCCGUGUCUGCGUGGGUUUCCUCCGGGUGCUCCGGUUUCCCCCACAGUCCAAAGACAUGCAGGUUAGGUUAACUGGUGACUCUAAAUUGACC